UUGUUUUUACUUUCUGUCCAGCGUCUACUACCUUGUCAUGUGUAUUUUUAAAAGUAAAAUGAACUGUACAUUUUUAAUUGUACCUAGUGUUGUUUUAAGUGUUAUUACCAUUUUUGAACGGUUGUUGUUGUUGUUAUUGUUUUCAUACUUCAUCAAAAUGGUUUUAAUGUGCUCAGUUUCACUUUGUAAAAGUGUUUCAUUGAAACAACACAAUGUUAAACUACAAAAGUUUGCUACAUCAGAAGAACUUAAGCAUAAAUGGCUAGAUAGUAUUGAGUCAUACUAUCCUAAUUUUAAAAUUAGCAAAUUCAGUUUAGUGUGUAGUAAACAUUUUGCUGAAAUCGAUUUUAUUAAAACCACUAGAUCAAAAUCGUUUUCACUACGUAAAGAUGCAGUACCCUCGUUGUUUGACGUUGAAGAAUGUGUGCAUGUUUUCAAUGAUAGUGAACAUCAAGUUUAUGGUGAUUCUAGUAUUAUUAGCCUAUCUACUGUUGAUGUUAUGGAAGUUGAACCAACAUAAUAUUCAUUUUGUAAAGAUGCAGUACCUACGUUGUUUGACGAUGAAGAAUGUGUGUAUGUUUUUAAUGAUAGGUAGUGAACUUUAUGGUGAUUCUAAUAUUCCUAGCACAUCUAUUAUUGAUGUUAUGGAAACUUCCACAGGUGUAACUACACCACCAAAGAUGAGUAAUAAUUCCAAUAUUUCUGGACCAUCAAACGUUGAUGUUAUAGAAACUUCUAUUUUGGAUAUUCAAGUACCAGUAACUCCAAAAGGAAUGAUGAAUACCACCAAUAAGUCCAUGGAAAGAAAAUAGGUCUAUCUUAAAGGCAGCUAGCAGAUUUAUCAUUUAUAUUGGUUACUUUUUAUAAAACCCUAUGAACAAUUCAAUUACAAUCUCAUAAAAAUAAAAGUAAAGAUUUAUUUCAAAAUACAAAAUUGAUGACACUUAAGACAUAACAUUCACUCUUCUUCUUAAUUGUAUAACGCAUCCAUUGACCAAAAGAGAUGUGCAGAGCAAUGGGUUCAAAGACCACCAGACCAUCAUGUUGACUUGAUUCUUGAUGCAUUUAUUUUGACUGUUCACUGCCACCAAAUUUGAUCGCCCAUAAAAAGGCAAGCUGCACCAGGCAAAUAACUAUGGAUAUGGGAUACAAUUUGCUGUCCUUAGGUAGAGCAAUACUAAAUGGAUUCGAACAUAGUUAUUACUCAUUACUAGCCAUCUUUGACUCAGGCCAUGUCGAACUUUUCAGUGAUGAGAAGUACCUCAAAUUAUGGUUUGUGGAUAGGAAGGUUAGUUGACACAGUCAUCCUUUUUCUCAACCAUUCAACAUGAUAUGCAUUUACCCAAAAAUGAUGAGUAUAUAUAUUGAUAAGAUUGCGUGGGUUCAGUUGAUUUGAUUGCACGUCAGUGUCCUAUGCAUAUGUUGCUGAACCGCGGGUUCGAAAACCUUUGCAUUAUUUUUUAAUUAAUACUCUAUGCAUUUUCUUUGAUCCACUCCCUUCAAAUUUGAGCACCUAAAAGAUGUUCCAACAUGAGACGAGACCGUGUCAAUCUUUCGAUUUUUGGGAAUUCAAAGUAUAUCAAUAAAUCAAUAUGGUAAGCAUAAAUUAUGAAAAGUAAAAUUAAUAUUGUAAUUGUAAUUGUAUCUGUCAAGAUAUGUUUUAAAAUUUGUUACUAUAAACAUUGGUUAAAUAAUACACAAAUCGACCACACAUAUAGAAAAAAUGGCAUUCACCAAUUAGAUUCAACUGAUAGAUAUAUAAUCUGGUAUGGAAUAUUGUUUUUUUUAAAUCAUAAUAAUCUUUCCUUUAAAUCUAUUUUACAAAAAUGUUUUCUAUAUUUUUAGUGAAAGAAUAUUUAAACAGAAUUGGAACAAUAGAAGGUUCAAGAUACUUCCACAAGAAAGUCCAACAACUACCAAAACAAUAUAUGAUGAGUUGUUCAUUAUAAUCGGAGAUAUAUCGACAAAUCUAAAAUUCUUCUAAUGAUAGUUCACAAUAUUAUUCUUAUUAUUUGGUGGGUCAUGAACACGCUCAUGGGCAAUACUAGAAAAAAGUCGGGGCUAUGAAAAUGGACAUUGGCUCCCUUAUUUGGCUCAUUAUUUAUACCCACAGUAGUAAUCCUUGAUUCACAACAUUUAUUAUCAAGCUGCUGUUACGUUAAUUUAUAUCAUCUUGUAUAAUACAAACCGAUUUUAAAAAUAUAAGUAACCUCACAAUAUAAAAAUAAAAUAAUACAUUAAAAAAAUGUAUGAAUAUAUAAUUUGGAUACUACCAUAAAAAUAAUGCCGCUUAGUGCAUGACAGGCAGCGCUCAUUUUUUGUGCCCGCAAGCCACAACUAUAAACAUCAUCAUAGGUCAAGCCAAAAUAUAUCAAAAAAAUUGUCCUCCACCCAAAAAAUAAUUCUUUUUUUCUUUACCAGUUGUGUAGUAAAUGAAUUUCAAGAAUACUAAUCCUGAAUAUAGUACUCAAUCUGUAUUACUCAUAUAAGUAAAACAUUGUACCUAUUUACUUUGUAGGUAUUACAUUUUAAUAGAAAUAAUAUAAUACAUAUUAUAUAUUUUAUUA